CAGUGCAGCCGGUUGACCCAGUAAGCUGGGUGGAGACUUCUGAGGAGACCAGUAUGUCUUACUCACACUUCCCUGUGAGCACAGACAGGUCCAGAGGACGAGAGACCAACACUGACAGAACUCACAGCAGCCGCUCAUUCAGGAACAAAAGGAUGCUUUACACUGAGUUACUGCAACUGUGGCAAAAUUCGGUCGAGGCUGUGGAUGCGAAGGACUGGCCAACAGCUCUGGCCAAACUCAAUGAGAUCAGUGAGCCCACUUCUCGCACGCUGUUUAAUACGGCCUCAUGUUACCUGGCCCUGGGGCAGCUGGAUUUGGCCUUGAAGGCUUUAGACUUAACCAUUGCUAAGGAUGAACGCCUUGCUGUCGCCUUCUUCCAGCGAGGAGCAGUGAUGAUGGAGAUGGGCAGGUUGGAAGAGGCUCUGUCUGACUACAUCUGGGCACAGAAACAUAUGCGAGAGAACGUAGUGAUCGACUACAAACAGCUGGGACUGAGAUUUAAACUGUACAGCUGGCAGGUGUUAUACAAUGCAGCAGCUGUGUAUUGUCAGAUGGGCCAGUGGGAGCAGGCCAGGGACGUCCUGCAGUCAGCCUCCCAGGAGAAAGGACCAGGACGAGGGGGGAGCAUGGAGGCAGCUUUGGAGAGCAUCAGGAGUAAGCAGGCCCUGGAUCCUCUCCUGGUACCUGAGGGUGUGGUGUUUCGUCCCAGGAAACAGGAUGUGGAGCAGCUGCAGCAAAGAGACUUCUUGGGAAAAGCAACGGUGAUUUCCUCCAUGAUACCCAAUGAUGAUUUUGGAGGCUUUGAGCCUUUGAGGCAGCAGAAACCUGGCUUCUACGAGCCGAAUGUGGAUGGAGCUCAGGAUUCUCGAUACAUGCAAGUGCGUGUCCCUUACAUGGCACGAGGACCAGGACAGCUGACGGUGCCUGGAGGUGCGACGGUGUUUUUAUUUGGAGAGGAGAACAGAGAUGGGAUGGCCACUGUCAUAUAUGAUGGACAGAGAGGACUUCUGCCAGCAUCCCUUCUUGAACCAGCAGAUGUCAAGACGUCCAAAGGCAAAAAGGACACUAGAAUUUCCAGUGGGAUUCCCCUCCCACCAGGACUCAAGCCACCCACUCGCCCACAGUCUCAGCAUAGUCCUGCAGCUCCUCCUCAGGGUAAAAAUCACUCACACUCUGGUUUAUCUUAA